UUUUUUUUUUCUCUCUCUCUCUCUCUCUCUCUUCAUUUCUCCUCCCCGAAAACCCUAACCCUAGGGAGCUUCUCUUCUUAGAGAAACGCUCGUCGCUUCCUCCUCAUCGUCGACCGUCGGCCUCUUGUCUAGGGACUUGCUGGAAGAGUGAAGAUGUCCAACGCUCUGGAUAUGACCCUCGACGACCUCAUCAAGGGCAACAAGAAGCCUGCCGCCGGCGCGGGCGGUGGCGGAUCCAGGGGAAGAGGUCGGGGUGGCGCCGCCUCCGCAUCCGGCGCCGGCCCCGCCCGCCGAUUCCCCAAUCGCGUCGCGAAUCGCUCGAACCCUUACGGAAAGCCGAUGCAGAAGGCGCCUGAGACAGCGUGGCAACAUGAUAUGUUCAUGAAUCAGGCGGCGGCAGCAUAUCCCGGUCAGCCGGCGCGGUCGAUCGAGACGGGAACGAUGCUUUACAUUUCCAACUUGGACUAUGGCGUCUCAAAUGAAGAUAUUAAGGAACUUUUCUCAGAGGUGGGUGAUCUGAAGCGAUUCUCUGUCCACUAUGAUAGGAGUGGUAGAUCCAAGGGCACAGCAGAAGUUGUUUUUACACGAAGAUCCGAUGCUGCGGCAGCUGUUAAACGGUACAACAAUGUGCAGCUUGAUGGGAAGCCGAUGAAAAUUGAGAUUGUUGGAACCAAUCUGUCAACCCCUGCUUCAAUACCACAGGUCACGAAUGGUUUACUCGGCAAUCCUAAUGGCAUUCCCAGAAGCAACCAAGGAAGAGGAGCUGCUGUAACUCGCACGCGAGGUGGUGGUGGAGGCCGUGGAUCAGGUAGAGGCCGAGGAAGAGGCAAAGGACAUAGUGAAAGGAUCAGCGCUGAAGAUCUUGAUGCCGACCUAGAUAAAUAUCAUUCAGAGGCCAUGCAGAUAAAUUGAAUCACCUACUGCCUCUCAUGCCCUAUUGCUUGCUUGAAGAUAUUCAUCCAACUGUUAUGUAUUUUUACCACCACUCUACAGUUUUUAGAGGGGAUAUCCACAAGGCCUUGUUGCUGGACAAUGGGGCUUGGAUUUGUUGUUGCUGCAGUCCAAUGCUUGACAUGGUAUUAAGGCUAGUAGUGGACAGCUUGAGUUCUGGGUCA